AUGGUCGCCCCGCCAGCGGUGCUGCUGCGCCCCCAGUCCUCGGGUGCGCGCCCGCACCGCGCGCACUCCGCACGGGGCGUCGAGCUCAUCCGCGCCGCAGAGCUGGUGAGGGACCUGGAGCCCCUCGGUGCGCCGGCUGCGGACGCGGCGGCGGCUGCCCGGCUGCAGGACGCGCUGGUGCACGGCCGCUGCGUCGACGCCUUGAGCGUACUGAGGCACCUGGAGACCGAGCUGGACCUCAACUUCCAGGGCGCCCGCGAACCCGCGGGCGCCAGCGGUGCCGCCGGCGGAGCCGACUGUGCCGCGGAGGGCGAGGACCCCGACGAGGUUUCCCUGCAGCUGCAGCUGGUGGGCCCUGCCGCGCCCGGACCGGGCCAGGCCAGGCCUGGCAGGGGCUUGGGCCUGCUGGUGCGCGCGCGCCACCCCUGGGAGCUGCGCCCGGGCGCCGGGUCCACGCGCCACAGGACGCGCUCGGCGCUGCCGCCACCUGCGCGCGCCUGCCGGGAGCCACACUCGGCGAGGGCGACGCCCUCGGGCGCCUGGCUGGCGCACCACCCCGGCGGCGGCCGGCCGCGCGCGGAGGCCGAGGCGCCAGGUGGGGGGCCGCAGGCGCUGCGCUUGGAGCUCUGCGAGCAGAGGCCCGAGAGCCUGCUGCUGCGGCGGCGGUGUGCCCGCGGGCCACCCGCACCGGGCUCGUGGGCUGCGGACUGGCUCGCUGGCGUGCAGGAGCAGUGCCGCAGGCUCGAGGACGCCCUCCUGCGGGAGGGGCCCUCCGCGGGCAGGUGCAGCCCCGCGGGCAGCGCCGGAGCCAGCCCACGCGGCGCCCCGCUCUCGUGCGCGCUGGAGCCGCGCCGCGUCCAGGAGCCCCCCCCAGGCAGGGGCUCCCGCGCCUCGCCGGCGCCGGAGAGCGGCGCGGCGCCCGCUGCGGCGGCAGCUUCGCAGCAGGCGUGCCUCCGGCACGUCGGGCGCGUCGUGCGCCUGCUGGCCCCCGGGCUACCCUCCGCCGCGCGGCUGCUGGAGGGGGCCGUGAAGGAGCUGGUGGUGUCCUUCGACGCGGACCUGGCGGCGGCGCACGGCCGCGCCUCGCGCCUGGAGGCCCUGGCGGCCGCUGGGGAGGGGCUGGGCGAGGAGCUGCAGGCCGCGAAAGACGAGCUGGGCAAGGCGAGGAUGGCCCAGGAAGAGGCCCGGAGGGCGCUCCAGCAGAUGUCGCGCCAGAAGAACGCGGAGAUCGAGAAGCUCAGCAGCAAGGUGCGGCGUCUCCAGGUCGAGCUCGACCGCAUCACGCCCGACGAGUCGAGGCUGGAAGGGGUCGCCAAGCUCAUGGCCGAGUGCAGCAAGCUCAUCGGAGAGAUGGAGAGCGAGACGAUGGAGCAGGACAGGAUCCUUCGCGACAUGUCGCAGUACACCUCCCAGAUCGUCAGGAGGGCAGGCGGUGAGGACGACGGCGCCACCGAGCGCGUCUCCACGGGUCGCGUCGUGCAGCUUGCGUCGGGGGAGAUCCUGCUCCGGCCGCACGAGGUGCGCGACCAGGAGGCCCAGGUCAGCGAGCAGAUGCUGAGCGACGCCGCGGACCCAGCGGCGCCAGUCCUGCUGCGCCCGCACGCCGUGCGGCAGCUCCUCGGCCGUGUGGAGUCUCGGGGCGAGACGCUGGACCCCAUGAUCGAGGAGGAGCUCGACCAAGAGAUCGACCGCAUAUACGCCGCCAAGACGGCCGCGGACGCGGAGUGCGAUCAGGCCGGCCUGCGCCGCUCGGAGCUCCUGGCGUUUAUCCUCGAGCUGUACCUCGGCGAGCUGGGAUGCGUGAAGAAGGCCGAGCGGCGGCUCGCAUCGGUACUGAGCGUGAUCUUCAGCCUGCAGCAGGGCCUGACGCCGCCGUCCCUGGCGGUGACCAUGUUCGCCCGGUUCCUGGAGUAUUGCGAGUACGACAGCGCGCUGCCGCUGCCAGCUCUCAGCGCCGCGCUGGCCGCCAGGCGGCACGUCCGGAGUUCGCUCCCGGUCUCGGACAGCCGUAAGCCCGCGGUCCCCGCAGAGAAUUCGCUCGCCGCUGCAGAGCCCGCGCAGACGAUGCCGCUGACCGCGCGGAGAAACUCGUCAGCGAGCUCGAGGCCUAGCAGCAGGCGCGGCUCCCGCUUAUCGACCCGGCGUAGCGUGGGGCAGCCUCAGUCGCAGAGCCAUGCGGUGGUGCCCCUGGCGCUCGCGUACGAGGCGGUCAUGAGGGCGUUGCCUUCUGCCUCGGAGGUGGCCGGGCGCGCCGCAUUCGUGGCGCUGGCGGGCGGCUUCGAGGUCACCAGCCGCGACGGGAGGUCCGACCAGGCCGCGGCCAAGCUACCGCCGCAGCUCCUCGCGCUGGUCCUCGUGCUGACGCGGAAGCUGUCGCAGGACAGGGCCCCAAAGCUGAAGGAGCUCGUGGCGAACCCCAGGAGCAGCCCCGCGGACUCCUUCCAGGACGCCCUGGUCGACGCCGAGGUGCUUGGCGUGGACGCCUCUGUCUGGCGCCCGACCCUGUGCGUGCAGUCGGGCCUUCCGGGCGUGCCCGCGCAGCUGUCCACGGAUAUGCUCCACGAGCUGUUCGGAGGUGGCGCGGCGGCGCGGCUGCCAGACGCGGCGGUCUCCGAGGCGCUGCUGAUGCACGCGGCCACGGCCGGCCUCCAGGCCGACUUCCAGGAGCGCACGGGCCAGCUGCAGCGCCUGUGGGAGCGGCAGCCCAAGGCGAAGGGCGGCGGGGGCGCGUUGCCGUACGCUGACAUUCAGUCCACGCUGCUGUCCGCCGAGCCGACGCUGCCGCUGCCUCUGGUGCGGGCGCUGUACUUGGGAGCGGUGGAGGCCAGCCGCUCCUGCACUCGGCUGCAGGGCCGCUCCUGCCAGUUGCUCGGGACGCUGGAGCCGGAUGCCUGCGGCGAGUGCGGGGGCGAGCUGGUGACGCUGCAGCUGCUGAGGCACACGGCGCUCAAGCACUCGUUGUUCUUGCAGGACUCUGUGCCCCGCCGCUCGCAGACGCCGCGUUCACCGACGCCGUCGAAGGAGACCACGGGGCGGUGA